CUUUGAAGUGGAGGUUUUUUAUUUUAAAUUACACUUUAGUCCCUAUGCUUAUCGCAAAUCACUCUCCUGCCCAUGCUGUAUCUUGUCCGUCGCCGGUCUCAACGCACUCCGCUUGCCGUGCUCAGCUUCCUGAUACCAUCCUUGUCGGCCGAAUGAGUCCAAUCCAGGUCUGGGGACUACACUAGAGAAGGAAGAACAGAAGAGGAAGAUAAAGGAGAACGGGAAAUCGUGAUUGGAGGAAUUUAUUGUUUCGAAGUCGCAAAAACCAACGGAAUUCCAAUACAGAGAUUCUGGAUUCGAAACUCAGUCUGUUUUGAGUAUUUCAUUUGCUUCCAUGGCUUCCAUUUCUCAGUCAAUCAAUCCCAACAAGCACCUCAAAGAACAGUUUGUUAGCAAUUUGAAUGGAUCAUCUAUGGUAGAAAUCGCAGCGCUCUUGACAAUUACUCCCAUUCUAGUGUUCCUGCGUCACUUCAUCAGCUCCAGCAAAGUAACUGACACCUCAUGGAAGAAAAAUGACGGGGAUGUUAUUCCUUCUAAGAGUUUGAGGGCUCACAUGGUUACAAUCUCUGUUGAUUUUAUCUUCAUUAUUCUUCCCAUGCUCUUAUUUUUCACGGUUCUAGCAGAUUGGACUUAUAUAGGGACAAUUUUUUUGACGUUCUUGGUUAUUUUCUCUGUUGCAGCCAAAAGGUAGAGCCUGUAAAUUAUGCGUUCCUUUUGUUCCUAUUGUUUUGGUUGGUAUCAUCGUUGCUUUUCACUUUUCUUCUCUUGAAGAGGGAGAAUAUAUAAAAGAGGGGAAGAUAAGAUAUUUUCCAACAAAAAGAAAAUCAAGAAAUACGACAAUGAAAAUUGAGCAUUAUAACAAAAUAGAGAUCCAAUCUGUUAAAAGAGGAGAAAGGCAUCCCCUUAAGAAAACAUUAUGAUUUACCCUAAAUAGAAGCGAAGAGAGUCAUCCUAUCCCAAAUCAUGUGAGGCAGUUGACAACUAUGUUUUCAAAUUCUUGCAUUCUAUUCCAGCCAAAUGACUAAAAACCUAUGUAAAUGGCUGUUCUUCACCAUAUCU